GUCGUCAACCUAGCGUUUCUGUUUAUACUCAACUGUUUUAUCUUUUAAGUUAAAAACGAAAGACAUGACUUAAUAAAGUCAAAUACUUAAAUGAUUGUAAUCUUUUUACUCCGGUCUUCUACACGUCUCCUAUCGUCUGAAAAUCCGGCUUAUGAAGAUCCGGCUAAUCAUCGGUUUUCAAAAUGGCUGCGCGCUAUCUGAAAUAUCUGGCCUCAACUUCGCUCAAAUUUAGUCCGAUCAAAUUUCGCCCGACUAUGUCAACCACUCGAUGCCUGUCUGAGCAGUCUUUUCAGGUUGAACAUGACGAAGCCAACAGAGAAUUCUUCAUCAAACUUGGAAACGACAAGGCUGUCCUUCAGUACGAAGUCCUCAAUCCAAAAACCCUGGACUUAGUUCACACCGAAGUUCCGGAAGCACUUCGAGGAAAAGGCAUUGCAAAGCAUUUGGCCAAGGCGGCUUUCAACUUCGUGGCAGCAAACAGUUUUCAAGCUAGGGUCACCUGUCCGUACGUCAACAAAUAUGUCAAUGAGGAAGGAGAUUCCGAGUUCCGGGCAUUUGUCGUGAAAUGAGACGGCUGUCAGUCGGCGUCUUAUAGAAAAGUUCUUAGAAGUCGGUAGAAGCCAUUAGAGGUUGGAGACUAAGGCCAUUUGAUUUAGCUUCGCUUUGCCUACCAGACCCACUUUAAUUUCACGAAACUUUGAGGAAUGACUUGUUUGCCCCAUUUUCAACUUUGGAACUCUGCAGUUUACAAGUUGUAUUCUGUUUGAAGCAAAAAAGCUUGACUUUUGUAUCUAGAGAUAGAGACUGUGUACAGGCAGACUUUCUUGGAGGAGCAAACAUGGUUUUACCCAAUUUUGAGGAAGCUCAUUGAAGGUGCUCAUACUUAGAAAAUAUAUUCGUAUGGAGAAGUGCAGAAAUCGAAACUAAAUCGAACGGGCAAAAGCUACCCGUUCCCAGAUCUCCAAGAAAAAUGCAUUCUUUUCAAGGUGAAUCCCCAAGUUCUUAAUAAUGCAACAUAUCUGAAACUGCUCGCUGGAAGCGCCGUUAUGCUUCCCAGUUUAGCCUGUUAUCAUGUUCUACCGUUGCUUUGCAGGCAGCUUUCGACUAUGUUGUUAGUAAAGACCUGCAAGUGAGGCUCACUUGCACCUACCUGAUCAAAUACUGCCACGAAGCCCGGAACCCGGAGUAUACAAAACACGUCGUACAGUGACCUCUCCAACAGUGCAGUGGUAUGUUGCCAAGACUAGACGCCAUUGUGUCGUGCGCAGUUUUAUCUUUUGGAGCCUACUCGAGCCCGUGACACUGAGGUGCAAUAAACUUUUUGUGUCGCAA